GGCGCGACGGCGACGGCGAGAAACGAGAGAGGCGAACACUCCCUACGGAGUGUUGCGUGCGCGUCGGUGCGUUCGUUUGAUGGAUUGCCAUUUAUGGUGAUCCCGAGUGUGGCGGACGAGGGAAACAUCAACCAAACAUCAACGCCUGUGAUGCUGUAAGACAACACGGGGGAGGAAAGAAAAACGAAGGAGGAAAGGCACCUGGUCUCGCGCAAACAAAAUGUUCGGCAGCUCAAGAUGGAUCCUCGUGUUGGGAGCGCUAGCGGCGAGCCUGUUGGUCUCGUUUGCACAAAAUCUCCCUCCUCCAGAGAGGCUGACCGGCAUGAAUCCUUGUAUCAGUAAACAGACGUGCCAUGAGUGCAUACAAACUCCGCAUUGCGCUUGGUGCGCAGCACCGAAAUUCCCAGAGAAGAGGUGCUUCCUCCCGAAUAUCAAUACCAAAAUAUUUGCGACGUGUCCUGCUGACUAUACAUGGAACCCGGACAAUGUCUUUAGCAUGCUGCGACACCGAAACUUAACGAAGGGUGGCUUUGCCGCUGGCGGCAUAGGAGGAGGGGCACACGGUAGCAUCGAAAGCUCGUUCUCCAACUCUUCGUCUUCGCAUUCUCACAAGGAGAGUUGGGGCGGCAGUGGAAGCAGAAGGCAAGAAGCCGUACAAAUGUGGCCGCAAGAAGUUAAUCUGAAGCUCAGAAUAAACGAAGCUUACAAAAUGACCUUCGCUUAUUCCCAAGCGGAAGACUAUCCUGUCGAUCUCUACUAUCUUAUGGACUUGAGCAAGUCCAUGGAGGACGACAAGAAGAAACUGUCCGACUUGGGUCAAUUAUUGGUCGAGAGUAUGAGCAAAAUCACGAGCAAUUUCCGUUUGGGUUUCGGUAGCUUCGUCGACAAAGUCGUGAUGCCGUACGUCAACACGGUGCCAAAAUCUCUUAUCGAACCGUGCGAUGGUUGCGCGGCGCCUUAUGGGUACAGGAACAUCAUGAGGCUUUCUCAGGACACGAGCAAAUUUGCGGGAUUAGUACGUAACGCGUCGGUGUCCGGCAAUCUGGACGCGCCAGAGGGUGGUUUCGACGCGAUCAUGCAGGCGAUAGUUUGCCGGAAUCAGAUCGGUUGGCGCGAGAAGGCGCGCCGACUGCUGGUGUUCUCAACAGACGCCGGUUUCCACUAUGCGGGCGACGGCAAACUGGGUGGUAUCAUCAAACCGAAUGACGGCCUCUGCCACUUGGAUAACGGUGGUACGUACACACACUCGUCUCUGCAAGACUAUCCGAGCAUCUCGCAGAUCAACCUGAAGGUGAAGCAGAACGCGAUAAACGUCAUAUGGGCGGUCACCGAAGAGCAGAUCAACGUCUACAAGAGACUGAUGAAACACGUGGAAGGUUCCUUCGCCGGCAAACUCUCGGACGAUUCCAGCAACGUCGUGGAACUGAUCCGCGAGCAGUACGACGCUAUCUCCAGUUCGGUCGAGAUGAAAGACACAGCCAGCAGCGCGAUCAAGGUCAAGUACAGCUCGAGUUGCCUGACUGGACCGCUGAAAGAGACGUCGAAAUGCGACGGACUGAAAGUUGGCACGAAGGUGGAGUUUACUGCGGAGAUUGAGGUCACCAGCUGUCCAGCCAACAGAUCGGAGUGGAAGCAGAAGUUUGACAUUUAUCCGGUCGGUAUCAACGAGUCUCUCACGGUGAAUCUGGAGAUGCUGUGCGACUGCGAGUGCGAGCGUAAGGGCCAUAUGUACGAGGAAUACUCGGCCGAGUGCAACGGCAUGGGUACGCUCAAGUGCGGCGUCUGCGAGUGCUACGACGGGUUCUUCGGCAAGCACUGCGAGUGUAGCUCGCACCAGGAGCUAACCGGCUUCGACAAGCACUUCCAGUCAUGCCGUCCCGACAACACCACCCUCGUCGACUGCUCCGGCCGUGGCACGUGCGCCUGCGGCCAAUGCGAAUGCGAAGAGCGGGAGAAUCUAGACGAGAUAAUAUCGGGACACUUUUGCGAGUGCGAUAAUUUCUCCUGCGAUCGUGAUCAGGGUAAGCUCUGCUCUGAUCAUGGCACUUGCGAGUGUGGUCAAUGUGUCUGUAAUUCUGGCUGGACCGGACCAUCCUGCAGCUGCAGGUCUUCCAAUGAUUCUUGCAUCGCGCCGGGAACCACAAAUGGUGUGCUUUGUUCGGGCCAUGGCGACUGUAUUUGUGGCGAGUGUAUCUGUCACGAGGAGGGCAACAUUCGCUAUUCCGGCAAACAUUGCAACAAGUGCCCGACCUGCCCGAGUCGCUGCGAGGAGCUGAAGCCCUGCGUGCAGUGCCAGAUGUAUGGCACUGGCAACUACAGCGAUCCGGACGAAUGCGCCAAGAACUGCAAAGAGUUCGUGCCCGAGGGCGUGGAGACGGUGAUCGUCGACGUGGACAACGACGAAGUGCCGUGUUUCGGCACGGACGAGGACGACUGCAAGUACAAUUUCGUUUACUAUUACAAUGAGACCAACUGCCUGCAGGUGCGCGCUCAAAACGAGCGCGAGUGCCCGCCGCAGGUCUACAUGCUCGGCAUCGUGCUGGGCGUGAUCGCGGCGGUAGUCCUCAUCGGUCUCGCAUUGCUCUUGCUGUGGAAACUGCUAACGACUAUACACGAUAGACGAGAAUUCGCUCGAUUCGAGAAGGAAAGAAUGAUGGCCAAGUGGGAUACGGGAGAGAAUCCGAUCUAUAAGCAAGCGACUUCCACUUUCAAGAAUCCAACCUACGCCGGAAAAUAAUGCGUCUCGAAACGGAGGAGAAGAUAACGUGUGAUUCUUAAGAAAGAAUCGCAUCGUCGCUGCGACUUGAUGCGAUUUCAAACAACUCGCAAAUAAUUGCAAGUACCGAUCACGCGCGAUUCAAUAUCUUGUCUCGAACUUAGCAAGAGUCUGAAUUACGCCAAGACCUCAACGACAUAACGAGAUCUAAAGCUAACGUUUUAGCGUAUAUAAUUAUUUAAAGGAACUAAUAUUUAGAUAUACAUACGGUAUACUCUAUUUUUUGUUGAGAUAUUUGUAAAGAAUGACUUAAUACUGCCAUAUAACAUAGACUGCAUUUCGGAUGCGUGCGCGCGCGAUGAAACGCGCUAUUUGUAAACGAAGUCGUUACAUUUUAUGGCGAUCAUGUUUUAAAAACCAGACUAGUUAGGCUAAUUCUGAGACUCAAGUGCCUUUAAUAUCAUUAUCAUGAUAAUAUCACUACCACGCUUGCAUUAACUUUUUUUUACAUGUCUUACAAUAUACGUAACGACGUAUCGGAUGUCACUUGAUGUGUGAGAUAAUUCAGAAUCUGAAGAAACAAAUCUAUGCUAUUUUACUUUGUUACGUUAGCUAUAUGUGUUAUAUGUAUAUUUCUGCAUUAGGAUAAAAUGUUAUUACUUUAAAGAUAAAGAAAAUUAAAACUUGUGAAAAUACUACGUAAUGGUUUUUGCAGAAAUAUAAACUGGAAUGACUCACAAAGUGCUGCAAACUUAUCUUUCAACAGCAAAGUAAUUUGACAGAUAAGAAACUUGAGCAUUUAUUAGCACCUCGAGACAAUCAAUUAUAAUAGCUCGAGGAUUAAUUAUUGAAAAGGAUCAUUGAAACACAAAAGCGGUUACUUCCGGGACGAAGCGAAAUAAGACGUACGUGAAUCUUUUAUUUUUUCUUCAGCGCUCCAUUCUGAAGUAUAUUGCACACAUUAAGUUACAUCUCUGAUAUAUUUGCUACGUGAAAAAAAACGUUUUCUCUUUUCGAUCAGAAACGAAUAACUAUCGAAGAUUUUACGCACUAUUUACCAGUGCAAUUUAUAAGAUAUACUUUACACAGCGAAAUCCGAUGAAUUUGCAUUUACCUGCGAAUUUUUCAUCCUGUAAUGUAAUUGUUUUAAUCGUUAGAGCGUAUUUUUGUGCAACUAAGGACUCGAAAGUGUGUUUAUAGGAAAUUGUAUAAAUGUAUAAAGUACUGUCCGAGACCCAUGUAGAAGUAAGUUUACUCCGUGUUAUAACGUUAGCUCGAAGAUGAUGACUGCACGAUUAUGACUCGCGUAUUAUUUCGUAAAGAUAUAUAUAAAGUUAUAUAUAUAUAUACACACAUAUAUAGGAUGCGCCUUAAUUAAAUGUCAAUUCUUUACGGGGUAAAUUUAAAACCAGCGCAAAAAAAGAUGACGGAUAAAAUUUUAUUUUUAUUUUUUGAAUCGUGAUAAGAUAAAAAGAAGUCCAAACGCACGUCUCCUAUUUCCGCUGCAAUUUUGCGAAAACAAGAAGUAGAAAAAAAAAGUUGAAAAGUAUUUCAGAAUUGAAGUUUUCUACAUUUUCGAAAAUCGUCAAAGUUAUUGGAAUUUAUUUAAAAGUCCACACGAAUAACAACGAAAGGACUUUGAGAAUUAAACAUGAUUAUUUUUACGCGAAUUAGUACUUAAUUAGUUAUCCACUUUGUAGUAAUAAAUUAUAAAUCGUACGUCUCUACUUUGAGACAUUCUCAGCGACGCAGCGAUAAGAGUCAAAAACAAACUUGGCCGAUUUUUCAAAGGUACCGAAAGACGCGGGUUUAACUCUUUGUCUAAUUGUUUUCGAGAUAGAAACAAUUGCGGCGGAAGGCGGAGAUUUCAAUUUGUAAAGCCUGGACGAGCUACGUAAAACGUUCGUCUCGUCUCGGGCUGCGAAUUUCCCCGUAGAUAAACUGACAUACAACUAAGGGGUCACCCCGUACGUCACGUAGUCAAUCGGUUACGAUAUUUCUAACGUAGGAGGAGUAGACGAGGAUUCCGGAUGAUACGCGGAUUAUAAAUACCGAAGGUAAACAGUUGCUUGUGCGUGACAGCUGGAUUAUUUAUUUCAGUCUUCUCUCUAUUCGUGAAUCUCGCGAGGAGCCAGAUCGAUCCGGAAGGACUCGGGAGAUGCAGCGUGGCCUUCUCUCCAUUGUGCCACGAAGAAAAAGAGACUAAUAAUAGCGCGGUAGACGCGAAAUCGCGAGCCCGCCGCGCUCGUUAUACACAAUUAUAUAUCGUGUUGUUUGUCUAAACCGUUUUACUCUUUUUUUUAUGAUUUUUUAAUGGCUAAUUUUACGGUACAGCUAACCGCGUCCUCGCGACAUUAUUAAUCGCCGUUUUUCUUUUAUAUAUGUAUACAUAUAUUAUAUAACUCCAACGAGAAUUAAUUAUAGUCGAUGUUACUCCACGUGCGAUAGUUCGCAAACCCGAUAUAGGACUAUAUGUAAACCUUUUGCGAGGACUAAUAAAGAUGAUGUGUUAGUAAG